CGCGGGCGGGCGCGCCGCGGAGCCUCCCGAGGUUUCCACCUGUAGCCUGUGCGGGAUCCCGGAGAGCCGGCUGUCUAGACCGAGACUUUGAAGAUAUCCCAAAAUGGGAUUCUCUCUUAGUAAAUCUGCUACUCAAGUAUCUGCUAUACACAGUGAUUCAAAAGUGGAGGAUCAUUUAAUCCGAAGGACUGAGAAAACCAGGUUAAGACCAGUGACUCAGUUAUUUCAAAAUACCGGAAAAAUAAGGUUAGAAGCUACAAUUCAAGGAGAAAACUUUACAGUCAUUGAAGAGACUGGCACACAAUCUCAUCCAGGAAAAGCGCUAAGUCCUGUGACAUAUGUUAAAGAAAGAGAUGGACUAGAAAUGAUAGAUGUGGAAUGAGGUUAUUUCUACAUUAUUAACAAACAAACCCCUUUGGUUAAUUGGGAAGUAUACGAGGGAGAGGAGAGAUUGAGGGAGGAAGGAAAGAGAGAAGGUUACUGAAACAUCUUUUACAAAAAUGCACCUAAAGCCAGAUAGAGUCACGGACAAGCAGGACAGCUUGGAAGAUAAUUGCUGAAUUUGAUACAGAUUUUAAAAGGAAAGCAAGCUUUCCGUAAGGGAGCUCUGCAGUUUAAGGUACAGUCCUCUUUCAAAAGGAAGCAAACUCGCUGCGAGGAGAGGGGGUUCCUCGACACCAGUAUAUCAAGCGCUGGGCACAGUGGCCGGCAGGUAGCAUGUGCUUAAUAAAU